AAUUAGCUAAAGGAAUCACACGUAAAAAGAAAUCCACAAAUAACUAGAUUGGAAUAGAAAGAAGUACAUAAAACGCAGCUAAAUAAAACGAGUGUUUAUGUUUGUUUUGCUGGUGGGAUUAUCCAGAUUACACUGUUGGGAGCAGGUUUCUCCUGGUAUUGACACUGACCGACUCUGCCCUGCUUUCUCCUCACCCACACGUUAACCUUUUACCCAGAGAGCUCCGAUAGGAGCAGCGCUGGGGCCGAGCGCCGCUCCGGCCUCUGAUUGGUGCAGGCCGGGCCCAGCGGUGACGUGGCAGGCUGCGCCGGGCCCGCAUUGGCUGCGGCGUGGGGCAGAGGAGGAGACUGUAACAAUGAAUGUGCUGAGGACACAUGUUUACAAUGAGACGAGGAAGAAUGGAGCUGCAGGCUGAAGGCUGUGGGGCACAGAGGAAAAUCAGCGCACACAGCAGAUAAGUGGACCAGUGAGUUUUUAUCUCCUUUCUGCAGGAGGAUUUUCCGUCAUCCCCAAUGUUGUGGGAAAAAGUGAAGCUUCGACCUUGGGCUUUUUGUGAACCAGCCAAACGUCAGACGUGAGAAGUGUUCACUUAAUAAUGAAUGCCUUCGAUUGGAGGUGGAGGCUCCUGCGUGUGCACUCCCAGACAAGGAAGUGAAGGAGAGUGACGACAAAGAGGGCAGCAGAGUGGCGCAGUAUCGUUCUGUAACUGACACAAACAUGCAAAGCAGACAAUAAUUCAUCCCUGCAGCUGAUAAACUGCACAGCUCCCUUCUCUUCCUCUGCACUGACAAACCGAAAGGACCACUCAGGGAUGACUGGCGCCCAGCUGCUGGAAACUUCCCCCAAAGAGUCAGCGUUCUCCCACAGGAUGGCUUCUCCUGCCGUCCCCCGCAGUGUUUUGGGGCCCCCUCCGGCCGUCUGGCCCCCUCUGGACUUUGCGCUGGGUGCUCUGGCCUGCUGUGCGGCCUGCGUGUUCACCAAUCCGCUGGAGGUCGUGAAGACGCGUCUGCAGCUUCAGGGGGAGCUCCGCGCUCGGGGGUCCUACCAGAUCCACUAUAGGGGGGUCCUGCAUGCCCUCUGGGUGGUGGGCCGCACAGAUGGGCUCCGGGGCCUCCAGAAAGGGCUCUCGGCGGGGCUCAUCUACCAGGCCGUGAUGAACGGGGUGAGGCUGGGCUCUUACUCCUGCUGUGACUCUCUGGGCAUCACCGCAUUUCAUGGAGGCAGCCUGCUGUCAGGGGCCGGGGCCGGGGCCCUGGGGGCCCUCAUCGCCUCUCCUGCCUAUCUGGUAAAGACUCACCUGCAAGCUCAGACUGUGGAUGCAAUCGCUGUUGGUCACCAACAUAACCAUCUGGGUGUGUCUGAUGCCUUUGUUACCAUCUACAGAAGAGACGGUCUGACUGGGCUGUGGAGGGGGGUAAACGGGGCAGUUCCCCGGGUCAUGGUGGGGUCAGCAGCUCAGCUGGCGACCUUCACCUCCACCAAGGACUGGGUGUCACAUUCUCAGUGGUUUCGUGCCAACGCCUGGCUAACGGCGCUGAUCGCUGCCUCCAUCAGCGGCGUUGCCGUGGCGAUCACCAUGACGCCGUUCGACGUGAUCAGCACGCGCCUCUACAACCAGCCCGUCGACGAGUUUCACAAAGGCCGCCUGUACCUCGGGUUCACCGACUGCCUGCUCAAAGUGUGCCAAGCCGAGGGCCUCUUGGGGCUGUACAAAGGCAUGGGCCCCGUGUUCCUGCGGCUGGCCCCGCACACGGUGCUCAGCAUGCUGUUCUGGGACCUGAUGAGGCAACAAGCCGUCAAAGACAAAUAGAGGAAAACUCUGAGCUGAAGCACUGGAGCCUCUGGGACGUGAGAGGGUCUCUGAAUUUCACCCAAAUCUUGACAUUUCUGCCACUUUCUGACUGUUUUUAACCAACGACGGCUGAAUUCAUUCAUGAAGGGUCGAUGGCUCUUCGGCUGCAAGGAGAGAAGCUCUGGAUAUUUGCACAAAUGCUGAUGAUCAAACAGAGCUGGUGGCAUAAUGCCCAUCAUUAUCUGUUCCUAAGUUUUCAAACUAGCAUCUUUUAGCAUUAGCUGCACAUCUGAUGUGGAAGACAAUCAAACUCUAUACAACACUUAAUCAAGAGUUGAAUGAUGAGUAUAAAGCCAUCGAUCAUGUUUUACAAAGAAUGGCUACUUUGCUCACAGAGAAGGUUGAGUGGAAGGAAAAAGUCUGGCUAAAACGCAAACUGUUUCUCAUCAGAUGCACUCCUGUAUUUUUCAGAUUUUUAUGCAUUUUCCUCUUGCCUUAUUGAUUAUUGUUUGUUUAUUCCUGAAAGAAAAAAGAUCCUGCAAAGCAGAGAAUCUAAUUUCAUUCGAGGAUUUUUUUUUAAUUCAAGUUUUUAACUCUAGGACCUUUAACUGUUGUAAGUAAUCUCAAUAAACAUAUUGUUUUGUAAACAUUACCAAAACUGA